AUGUCUGCCGGCACGGCGGGCGGAGGCGGAGGCUCGGCCGCGGGCGCGGGUGCCGUGGUGCGCCAGGGCCACCUCCGCAAACUGAAGACGAUGAGGAAGAAGUAUUUCGUGCUGCGCGCCCAGACCGCGGACUGUUCGGCACGGUUGGAGUACUAUGAAUCUGAGAAGAAAUUCAGGGCGGGAGCGGCGCCUCGUCGCACGUUGCCACUGAAAAGUUGUUAUAACAUUACCAGGAGGCUCGACUUGAAACAGAAGCAUGUCAUAGCUCUGUUUACUAAGGAGGAGCAGUUCUGUGUGGUGGCUGAGAAUGAGGUGGACCUCCAUGCUUGGCUGACUGACAUCCUGAAACAGCAUGGCUCUGAUGAUGCGAGCGAGGAGCUACUGCAUCCUAUUCAGCACGUUUGGCAAGUGAACGUACAGAAAAAGGGCUUGGGCGCGUCCAAGAACAUCCAGGGUCUGUACAACUUGUGCCUCACGGACAAGACCCUCGCCCUGGUGAAGAUCAAGACACACAACAAUGUCAUCAGCGACCUGGGAAUACCUGAGCGAGUGGAGUACUCGCUUAAGUACAUUAGAAGAUGCGGUGAUUCUGAGUCAUUCUUCUACAUGGAAGUAGGUCGGCAGACGUCCACUGGUGCCGGCGAGCUGUGGAUGCAUUCCGGAGAUUCAAAUAUUGCACAGAGCAUGAACUCCACUAUAUAUCUAGCAAUGAAGAAUUGCGCCAGAAUGACAGAGAAUGAGAGGGAUCACAUCAUCCUCCCGGCAAAUGCGAGCCAGGAGGGGACCAACCCUCGCCCCCCGAGGCGGCAGACGUACUCGGGCACCAACGAGGGGGGAGGACGGGCGGCGCUUGCUAACGACAAGGGCCUGUGUGUUGGCUCGUGUAUUAGAAAUUGCGUGUGCUCAACAGCCACGUACAGCGUAGACGACUCGGCGGCAGCUAUAGCGCCGUUGACGCCCAAAAACGCCGAAAACCAACCACCGAAUAACUCAUUACUUAGUGAUAAGCCGGAAACCGCUCGGAUCAUAAAACAUCACCGCACCGUGUCCUUACCGACCGGUUGCACGCUCUUCCAAGAGCCUCUCAAGAUAGUCCACGAGAGGACCAGGUCGGCCCCGCUGACGGGGGACGAGGUCGACCGCAUCACGAGUACGAAUAUAGACAAGAUGACCACACACUCGUCGUGUAAAGCGGUUAAUGGCACGGAUGGGUUCCCACUGAAGGCGCAGUGGGCGCGCCGGGCCAGCACGGGCACCAGGAUGGCAAAGAGGUCGCCCGGACACCCAAAGAAUGCGGGCGCGCCGCGGAACCGAUGCGACAGUAUGCCCUCGAGAGCGUGUAUCUCAUUCGAAGCGGAGCGGCAGACGCCGAGGCACAAUGAUCUCGUAGAAGGUCUGGAUGUGUCGCGUGAUGAGACCGAUGCUCUGGUGGACUGGUGCCGUACGCCGCGAAUACCAGAGGAGCCGGACUGCUGUGACAUAUCCAAAGACAUUAUCAGUGCGGUGGGUCGCGGAGGGGGCCUGGUGCUGGCGGCGCAGCACUCGCGCACGUCGUCGCUGGGCGUGGAGGAGGAGGCGCGCGCGGCCGGGUACCUGCCCAUGGCGCCGCACGAGCCCCCCGCCGGCCUCGUGUCCGCCUCCAGCGGCUCCGUCUGCAGCGGCACGCCCUCCACGGACCCCCGGUUUAGCGAGUACCAGCUAGAGCCGGCUACGUCGCACAUCAUAGCGGAGGAGCGACCGCCGCGUGCGUACAGCGUGGGGUCGCGUCCGCCGGGUAUGGGCGGGGGCGGGGGUGGGGGCGGCGGCGGCGGCGGGGGCGGGGCGGCGCGGCACCGCGCGUACAGCGUGGGCGCGCGCGCGCGGCCCCCGCCCGCCGCCACGCGCCACCAGCCCUCCUCCGCGCCGCUGCUGCCGCGGGCCUCCGCCGAAGACCUCAUGGAGCUCGACUUCUCCGCCAACUCGCCCUCCGCCAAGGUGGUAGUGGCCCGAACACCGCCGUCGAUGAUCGGAUUCAACGAGGUGCGCGGGCGCGGCGCGGCCGACGAGUACGUGAACAUGUCGCCGCGCAACACCGGCUACGUGGAGAUGCGGCCCGGGGACGCCCCGCGCUCGCCGCCCACGCUGCCCCUGUCGCCCCUCACGCCCCUCACGCCCCUCACACCCCUCACACUCACCCCCGCCGGGACCCUGUCCCCCGCGGCCACGCCCGACGGCUACGUCGAGAUGAACUACACCAGGGCGCCCACGCGGCCCAUCACCAUCGCCGCGCGGAUACCCUCGGUCCCCUUGAGCGUGUCGCCCCCCGAGGAGGCGCGGCGGAGGCGGGAGCGCGAGCGGGAAAGAGAAAGAGAACGCGAGAGGGAGCGGGAGCGCGAGCCCGGAACGCCGUUGGGAUCGCAGAUGUUGUUUCCGCUCUCGCCUGAUUUACCAAUAUCAAUACCGGACCUGGAUGCGGCUGAUAUGUUUGAAGAUUCUCCUAGAGAAGAAUGGAGUCAGCCGCAGCUGUCGACCGUCCGCGAGCUGUCGGAGGAGUGCGGGCGGCGCAGCCCCGAGUCCGCGCCGGUGGCGGUGCCCCCCGCGGCCGCCCCGCACCCCCCGCACGCCCCGCACGCCCCGCACCCGCCGCCGCCCGCGCCCGUGUCGCAGUCCCCGCAGUACGUGGUGCUGCGCGCGGGCCGGCCCGGGCCCGCGGACCCCGCCCUGCCCAUCAACCCCGCCGACAGGCGCCCGCACCCGCUGCUUAACCUACAUCCGGAGGCAAGCACUCGCAGCACGACGCCGCUGGUGGUGGCGGGCGCGGGGGGCGGGCCGCCGGCGCGGUUCGUGGUGCGCGAGUCGCCGCCCGCCUCGCCCGCGCCCGCCUCGCCGGGGCCCCCGGGGCCCGCGGGGCCCGCGGGGCCCGCCCUCAACUACGCCGCGCUGGACCUGGAGCCGCGCGUGGGCCCGGCCGCGCCCGCGCCCCGCACCUACACGCAGAUCGACUUCCUGCGCAGCGAGAAGCUGCACGCCGGCGCCGCCGACGGCACGUAG